GACCUCAGAUUCUUUCACUGCAGUGGACGACAUACAAACAUAGAAAUAAUAUAAGGUGCAGCUGAGAAAAAGCUUCACCAUGAUGACAAAGACAUCUUUCAUCUUUCUUCUGUUUGUUGCCUGCUGCAACGCCCAGACCAACACAACCAUUGCUGAAUCAACAACUAACACUGUUGCUACAAGCACAGUUGCAGAAAUGACAACAACUGCCACUGCAGAAACAACCACACCUACCUUUACAACCACGGCUGCUGCAACAACAACCACAGCUGCAGCAAUGACAACCACGGCUGCCCCUACAACCACAGCUGCAGGAACAACAACUGCAACUUCCCCUACAACUACAAUUUCAUAUCCGACAACAACAGCAGCUGUAGAAACAACCACAGCUGACCAAACAACCACGGUUGCCCCUAUGACAACCACAUCAGCCCCUACAACCACUGGUGAAUCAACAGCUACAACAACAGCUACUGCUGAAUCAACUACAACAAUUUCCACUACAACUAUAGCUGCAGAAACAACAACAACCACUGCAACAACCACAGCUGCAGCAAUGACAUCUUCAACAACAAGCACACUGCCCCCUACAACCAUUGCAGACUCAAUGAGUACAAUUGCCCCUUCAUCUACAACUGCAGAACAAACAACUGCUGCAACAACUACAGCUGCAGAAACGACCACAGCUGCCCCAACAACCACGGCUGCUCCAACAGCAACCACACUGGCGCCUACAGUUACCGCUGAAUCAACAACUACAACUUCCCCUACAACUACAGUUUCACAAACAACAACGACUGUUGCAACAACUACAGCUGCUGCAACAACAUCCACAGAUGCAGCAACAACAAUGACGGCUGCACCAUCGACAACCAUAUCGGUCCCUACAACCACUGCAGAAUCAGUGAGUACAAUUGCACGUUCAACUCUAGGAGCAGAAACAACAACAACUGCCGCAGCAACUACAGCUACAGAAACAACCACAGCUGCCCCAGCAACCAUGGCUGCUGCAACGACAGCUGCAGCAAUGACAUCUUCGGCUGCUCCAACAACAAGCACGCUGCCCCCUACAACCAUUGCAGACUCAAUGAGUACAAUUGCCCCUUCAUCUACAGCUGCAGAACAAACAACUGCUGCAACAACUACAGCUGCAGAAACGACCACAGCUGCCCCAACAACCACUCCUGCUGGAACAGCAACUACAGAUAGAGCAACGACAAUGACGGCUGCCCCAACUACAACCACAAUGGCCCCUAUAGUUACCGCUGAAUUAACAACUACAACUUCUCCUACAACUACAGUUUCAGAAACAACAACGACUGUUGCAACAACUACAGCUGCUGCCCCAACAACAUCCACAGAUGCAGCAACGACAAUGACGGCUGCACCAUCGACAACCACAUCGUUCCCUACAACCACUGCAGAAUCAGUGAGUACAAUUGCACCUUCAACUACAGGAGCAGAAACAACCACAGCUGCCCCAGCAACCACGGGUGCUGCAACAACAGCUGCAGCAAUGACAUCUUCGGCUGCUCCAACAACAAGCACACUGCCCCCUACAACCAUUGCAGACUCAAUGAGUACAAUUGCCCCUUCAUCUACAGCUGCAGAACAAACAACUGCUGCAACAACUACAGCUGCAGAAACAACCACAGCUGCCCCAACAAUCACUCCUGCUGGAACAGCAACUACAGAUACAGCAACAACACUGACAGCUGCCCCAACUACAACCACAAUGGCUCCUACAACAACUGCUGAAUCAACAACUACAGUUGCACAAACCAAAACGGAAACCACAACUGCUCCAACAAGUACAGCUGUGGAAACAACAACUGCUCCAUCAACUACUACAAAUUCCUUUAUAAUUACAGCUGCAGUAACAACCACAGCUGCAGAAACAAUAACCACAGCUUCUACUACAUUGACAACAGCCUCCCCAACAACCAGUGUUGGAGUAUCGACCACAACUGCUCCUACAACAUCCACAGCUGCAGCAACAUCCACAGGUGCACCAACAACAACCACAGCAUCCACAACUUUGACCACAUCUUUCCCAACAACCACUGCAGCAGCAACAUUGAUCACAGUUGACCCUACAGCAACCACAGCUUCCGCAACAACAACCACAGGUGCAGCAAUGACAUCCACAGCUGUAGGAACAACAACCAUUGCUUCAGCAACAGCCACAACUUUCACAACAUCGACCACAACUGCCCGAACAACCACGGCUGCUGGAACAGCAACCACAGCUUCCGCAACAACAACCGCAGGUGGAGCAAUGACAUCCACAGCUGCAGGAACAACAACCACUGCUUCAGCAACAGCCGCAACUUUCUCAACAUCGACCACAACUGCCCCAACAACCACGGCUGCUGGAACAGCAACCACGGCUGCUGGAACAGCAACCACAGCUGCAGUAACAACAACCACAGCUGCAGUAACAACAACCACAGCUGCAGUAACAACAACCACAGCUGCAACAACAACAACCAAAACCACAACUGCCCCAACCAGUUCCUCUUCCAUCCUCAGCAAAAUCAGCUUCUUGUCAGUAGUUGUUGCCCUGAUAUCACAUGCAUUUAAUUCAUAUUAACAUUUUUCCUUUAAAUUCACAUCUUCUAAAUUAAGUCAUAAAAUGUGAAGAACGUGAAGAAUUCAAAUGUUUUAAUAACCAUAUUACCAAUAUUUAAUUUGAUAUUUAUUGUAUUUAUACGUGUGUGAGUGUCUGCAUAAGUGAGAGUGAGAGAUGUUAGAUAUUUUCCCUCCUGGAGAUAAUGUCUGUGUAUGUAUUUGUCAUCCAAACAUUUGUGAUGGGAUGAGCUAUAUUUUAUUUAUUGUCGUCUUUUGUCCUUUUAUACUUUUCAAAAACGUCAUACAGGAUCAUGUGAUGUAAGUAAAAUAAAAGCCCUCAAAAAUACACAAUAAUUUGAGUUGAGCAAUUCUGAUAUAAUCACAUUGAACUUAUUUGUUGGUAUGUCGCAAUUCUUUUACUCACCAAAAAAUAUCUUUUUAUGUGUUUGCUGAAGAUUUACAACAUUUUCCUUUCAGCCAAAACACAGGCUUUACAUGUCAUUAAGGAUUGAGAAUAAGUAGCCAGUGGAAGGUUGUCUCAAUCCCAACUCAUCUGAUAUGGACAUUUGGUCAGGACCUCUUAAAAUAUUUUCAUGCAGUGGACACUGACACAACUUAUUUCCUUUCAAAUAAAAGCACUGAGACCUCAAAGACAUUUUUUUGAAGGAAUCUUGCUGCAGAGGUGAGAAUUCUGAUUAGAGUAAACCUGGUCACAGUCAGGUCAGUCCUCA